CUCAAUUCUCCUACACCUCCUCCCAUCAACUACACAGGCUCGCACCCUACAGUCCACAUAUAUAUAGGAGUGCUGGUGUCAUCAGCCAAGAUGACCACUGGAUUCUUGAGAGUGAACAAGUUUCAUGAGGAAGUGAGUGCCAAAAAGAUGGAGAUGCAGCCGGAGCUAUCGCUCGGGCCAACGUGGCCGGCGCUGGGCUUUGCCUCCGAGAAGAGCACCAAGAGCUCGUCGUCCGAGUCGGACGGCAGCUCCCGGAAGAAGAGGAAGCACUACACCUGGGAGGAGCCCGUGUCGCACCUGGAGCUCCAUCUCAGUGAUCCACUGCCCCUGGACUGGGACCAGUGCCUUGACCUCCAAUCUGGAAGGAUGUAUUACCUGAACAGGAAGACGUUGAAGAGGAGCUGGAACAGACCCAAGGAGCAGGGCGUGAACCUGGAGCUCAACAUGUCCACCACACCGAUGAACGUCGUCGUUUUGGACGGCAACACCGGCCCCGCUGCUGCCACCCUCUCACAAGCUGGAACAAAGAGAGGCACCGUGGUCAGCUCCGGAGAAAACAUGAUCGCCGUGCCAUGCGCCAACUGCCAUCUCCUAGUCAUGCUCUGCAAGUCCUCCCCUUCCUGCCCCAACUGCAAGUUCGUGCAGUCGUUGGCACCGGUUGCGCCACAGGUGGCUAAUCGCAGGCUCGACGCCACCGUGAAGCCACUGCAAACCCUGAGCCUUCUCCACUAGGAAGCAGAUGAUCUUAGAAAGUAAACCCUAGUAGCUAGACCAUGGGUUGGUAUGGGCCGGCCAACGAAUCGAAUACUAUGUUAAUCAAAGGGCCUCCGCGAGGAGGGCAAGUAAAUCUAUAGCUGUAUUAAGUAUAAUUAAUUAAUAGUAAUGGUGAUAACUCACUGUUUCCUCGUCA